AUGUUGCACUUUGUGUUUCGGCUUUUCCUUCUCUUUGCUGUUCUCGCUUCCGUACAAGCUUGCGAUUGCAGCAACCUGAAACCAGGUAAAUGUUGCACUAACUGGCGUGGACAAUCGUGCUGCCAUUUCCGAAAGAGGAGAGCCGUAGAGGAUGUGUAUGGCAAACGCUUCGAAGAGCUGCGUUACGCGCAAGAAACAGAUCCAGACGAAAACUAA